AUGGAUAGGCAUCGCCAAGCAGCAGCUCGCACUGACCAGAAAACUCUGAUCGAAGGUCUCUCGAGAAACCGGGCAAAUGAGCGAAUCGUAAAUUUUCCUUAUCCAAAUCCGACAAUCGACCAAGUCAUAAUCGACGCGCAGCGCGAGAAAGUAGCAAGGUCCAAAGACAAGGCUUUGAUCAAGGCCCUGGCCAAGGCUAGCUUUGGAAAUACGAAUUAUCCUCGAGACGUUCUCAAGAAGGCGCUUUCUGUUCGGGCAGUGCCAUCGACUGCCGCGGAACGCAAGGAGGCGCUUCGGGAUGCGAACCUGAGUACACUGAAACUGGUGCAGAUCGGUCGCGGCUCUUUUGGGACAGUAUUCGGGAUCCUUGGUACAGAAUGGUGUCUCAAAAAGACCCUUACCUCGCCGGAUAGACUCUGGGAAGAGUUUAUUAUGGGCCAGAGGAUGCGACAGAGGGUCAACGGCACAGCAUCAGACGCAAUAUUUAAGAGUGAACAAUUCCAGAAAGUCAUAAUGCCUAUGGUUCCCCGGUAUACCUGGUCAGGCGGUAUGGACGAUGCCGAAAGCGCCGGUCGAUUGUUUAAAAAUAUUGGCCAUAUCUUCCCCGUUGAAAACGAGGGUCAGAAACCAGGUCCAGUUAUAUGCCUGGAGAGGAUCAUGCCUCUCCCCAAGUUGAUCCGCGACAACCUCAUCAAGCUUUACUUUAAGCCUGAAAAUCGGAGAAAAGCUCUUGCUGAUAAGGCCAAUAAGCAUUGUCUCUGUCGGCCCUACCUAGGAAGAAGAUCUUCGGAAAUAGCUCCGGACAAGAGAGAAAAGGAGCUCCAGACUUUACAAAAUUUCCCCCUUUACCUUGACCAGCUCGAGGAUUUGAGGAUGGAGCCCUUGAUAAUAGCACAAGAUAUGGCCAUGGGCCUCGCAGCAGUCCAUUGGUCUGCUAGAGCCAACAUGCUGGGCGUCGAGUAUGUUAUUGGAAGCCGGCCUUUGACCCCGCCCGAAGUACGCUUCCUUGUUCUAGACGCCGACGAAGAGGCAAUGAGGAGCGGGUCGUAUUCUCACCGCGUGAGGGACAUGGCUCCUAGGGCACCUAUACGAAGAAAUCGGCCCUUUCAGCUUUGGAUGGUCGACUUUGACAAAGUCAGUCGAUUCAAACUUUCAUUGGGAAACAACUAUCGCGGAGAAAUCGAGCAGCUAGUGCGUGAUACUCGAACAAGUGGCCCGUAUUAUCCACGGGCCCUUCCGAAUUCGGAAGGGGAUUGGAAGUUGUGGCUGGCAUUUGCGACAACAUAUAUUUCUGCGAGCAAAAUCAUCUUGAAUUCUAUACUUCGGCCAGUUGUAGACUUAGGAGUAUCGGUACCAGAGAAGCAGUUAAAACUCAUCUUCAAACGGCCUAGCAGGAUCAUGAACGAAUGGAUGAGGGCCGAAUCGAUUGAGUACAACAUAGAUCUCGAUCGUUUCAUUGAUCAAGCGAAGAGUAAUGGAUGGGAAAUGCCUUAA